UAAUGGUUGAAUUGUAAUGAAUUCAUAUAUUCUAUUAUAGGGAUGCAAAGAAGUAAUUAGCAAUUAGUAAUCUUGCACUUCUCAUGAUAGAGAUUGUUCUAUUAUCAGAAUAUUCUUAUAUGAAUGAACAUCCACAUAGAAAUGAAAGUUUGACUUAUGUGAGAUUCGCAAUUUCUGGAUAAGUUUUUAUGAUGUUAGCAUUUAUGGGAUUGAUAGCAACUUAUUUUUUUCCACAUAGAUAUGUGAAAUUUGGAAUCCUUGGUAGUCUAUGUUUAGGUUUUGUAUUAGUUUUUAUCGGUAUGAUAGUUGGGGCUAAAUACGUAAUUCAUUUAUAUAAAUUUAGUAUAAAGAUGGCUAUGAUACUAUUGCAUCAACAUGGUGGAUUGAAGUAGGAUUAAUUAUCUUAGGCUUAUUAAAUUACAUUUAGGCCUUUAGUAAUGAACCAAAAGCUAAUGAAGAGUAUUAGAGAUAAGUUUGAGUUU